AUGGCCCGUACUAAGCAGACUGCCCGCAAGUCGACCGGCGGGAAGGCCCCGAGGAAGCAGCUGGCCACCAAGGCGGCCCGCAAGAGCGCGCCGGCCACGGGCGGGGUGAAGAAGCCGCACCGCUACCGGCCCGGCACCGUGGCCCUGCGGGAGAUCCGGCGCUACCAGAAGUCCACGGAGCUGCUGAUCCGCAAGCUGCCCUUCCAGCGGCUGGUACGCGAGAUCGCGCAGGACUUUAAGACGGACCUGCGCUUCCAGAGCUCGGCCGUGAUGGCGCUGCAGGAGGCCAGCGAGGCCUACCUGGUGGGGCUGUUUGAAGACACGAACCUGUGCGCCAUCCACGCCAAGCGCGUGACCAUUAUGCCCAAGGACAUCCAGCUGGCCCGCCGCAUCCGUGGGGAGCGGCUUGGGAAACACAGCGAGACCCUGUGUCUCUACCAAAAAAAAAAAAGUAAGACAGAAAGAAAAAAGAAAAAAUUGGCCGGGGGUGGUGCCAUUUGCCUGUGGUCCCAGCUACUUGGGAGGCUGAGGUGGGAGAAUCGCUUAAGUCCGGGAGGCGGAGGCUGCUGUGAGCUGAGAUUGUGCCACUGCACUCCAGUGUGGGUGACAGGGAGUGAGACCCUGUCUCGAAAAAAACCCACUUCUUCCUCUAAUAACUAGCUUCUACGUGGCUAC